CAUUUACAUUUAUAUAAGUCGGUGAGGUCGGUGAGGCUUGUUGUUGUUGAUGCUUUUCGGUGGAUAGAGUGUCGUUGUUAAUUGAGUCAUGCAGUGGAAGGUCGUCUUUGCUUUUCUCGCGGCCGUACUAGCCGUCGGGUUCGGUGGCCUUUUGGUCGGGGGAUAUAGAGACACCGACCCAAAUAAUCCGGAGGUACAGAGUGCUCUGAACUUUGCUAUGGCCAAACACAACCAAGACAGCAACGACAUGUACCUGAGCCAAGUGGCCGAAGUGGUCAAGGCCGAGACACAGGUUGUGGCUGGUACUAAUUAUCGCAUUACUGUGAAAUUGGCCAGGAGUACCUGCAGAAAACAGAGUUCAAAUGAAGUGUGUGUCACACAAACUGAUCCAGCUCUGGCCCGGACUUACGAGUGCACAUUUACUGUGUGGAGCCGCCCAUGGAUGAGCGACAUCAGGUUAACAAAACAUCAGUGCUAGACGGACAACCCCAGCUGAGAUCUUCAUUGAUGCUACUGCUCACAUUGUAACCAUUUUCCGAAAGAAAGUUUUCUCUUCAAAAAAACCUGCAAAGUUAUUAACAUUUACAUUUAUGCUGCUUCACAGUAAUUCUUAAAUGAUUAUUCACAAGUCCUAAGUCAUUUUUUCUUCAUAACCUUCAUUAACCCAUGCAGUAUUACCAUGCAUAAACAUAUAUUAUGAGUUGUCCUCCAUCUAUAAUUUGAUUUUUUGAGAAUAGAACAUGCUGUCUUUAUAUGAAUAAAAUCAUAGAAGCACA